AUGGCAUUCUCGUCUAAAUUUCCCGAGGACGAUUGGUUCGGGGUUAGCGAUCCUAAAAUCCGAAGAUUGGUACAGAACCGCUUGAACCAGCGAGCGUAUCGGGCUCGGAAACAAGCCAAGCAAUGCGGAAAGAAAAGGCAUACCGAAGAGGCCCCUUCUAGUCGCCCCGCACGUAGCAUCAACGAGACCACCGCGACUGCUCCGAUAGGAUCUCAAGUCCUCCAGUGGACCUGGGCGCCAGCUAAUCUUCCUGAACUAAUGAUACUGUAUGAGCGUCUGGUCAUGGAAAGCUACCAACUGGGCUCUCCCCAAGCAGACCAUUUGAUCAGUCUCAGCAGAUUGAAUAUCUGGCGGGCAGCCAACGACAACAUCGUUGCUGCCGGCAUGACGAUUGAAUAUCUUUGGGCCGAUGAGUCUAUCUCACUGUUUAGUGUCGCCUCCGUGAAUGCCGCAAAGGAAGCGGUCCCUGCGAGUCUGUGGCCGACUUCCUUGCAGAGAACGCUUCCCCAUCAUCCUUGGUUCGACAUCUUCCCGUUUCCCACAAUGCGAGACAACUUUCUACGGGCAGGAGAUACAUUUGAUGAAGACGAACUGUGCCAUGACCUCAUGGGAUUCUGGGAUCCUCGUCGCACGGAUGCAACGCUUCUCGUGUGGGGAAUACCGUGGGAUCCCUUGAACUGGGAGGUCACCGAGGCGUUUGCCAGGAAGUGGGGGUGGACCCUCAGAGGAUGCCCCGAAAUCCUCAAGUCAACCAAUUACUGGCGAGCGUGGAGAGGAGAGAAGCCGCUGAUCUGGCGGGAGGUGCUAUUUUCACCAAUGCUAGACCUGAAGUCUACAUGCUGA